AUGAUUGGGGCGAUUUGGCCUAGUUUUCUGCGUGUUGACAAUGGGAUUCCUGCCGGGCAGGGGAUUACCACGCAAGGGAUGGUGGGGUAUACGAUAUACUGGAUCGUGCAGUUGCCGUUGCUCUGUGUGAGGCCGGAAAAGGUACGGUGGUUGUUUGUCGUGAAGUCGGUUGUUGUGCCUGUUGCGUGGAUUGCGAUACUCAUCUGGGCAUUUGUGGCGGAGGGGGGUGGGAGUAUGUUCCAGGAAAGUCCGUCGUCGACUACCAUGUCGGGCUCGACGUAUAGUUGGUUAUUUCUGGCGAAUAUGACCUCGAUUCUCGGGAACUAUGCCACGACCAGUGUCAAUCAGUCGGAUUUCUCGCGGUACUCGCGGGUUUCUGCAAGAUGGCAGUUGCUGUAUGUGCCUAUGUUGCCGAUUGUGUUUACGUUCAUCUCGUUUAUCGGCAUUGCUGCGUCGUCUGCUGGACAGGCGCGCUAUUAUGGUGGCACCGGUGAUGUACCCUGGGACCCGACAGUCCUCAUAAGCAACUGGUCCAGCCGCGCCUGUCGCUUCUUUGCAGCCGCAUCUUUCGUCCUCGCCUCGUUGGGCGUGAAUAUCUCUGCGAACUCCAUCUCCGCAGCAAAUGACCUCGCCGCCCUCGCGCCACGAUUCUUUAACAUCCGUCGCGGACAGUUGCUCUGCGCGGUGCUGAGCUGGUGUCUCGUGCCGUGGAAGAUCCUCGAGUCUGCGGAGAGUUUCCUGAAUUUCAUGUCUGCGUAUGCUAUCUUUCUCGCGCCGGUGGCCGCCAUCAUGUUAUGUGAUUAUUGGGUCGUUAAGCAGAGCAAGUAUGAUACACUCGCGCUAUAUCAGCCAUUUAACCAGACGUAUCGGUAUUCCUUUGCGCGUGUGAUAUAUGGGAAGGAGGUGAGCGUUUGGGGGGUUAAUUGGAGAGCCAUUGCUGCGUUUUUGGCGGGUGUUGUGCCGAGUUUGCCGGGGUUAAUUCAUUCUGUGAAUGGUUCUGUUGAGGUUGGGGUGGGGAUUCAUCCGUAUCAGUUUGGGUGGUUUCUCGGAUUUGUCGGGGCGAGUGGUGUGUAUGUGGGAUUGUCGUGGUGGUUUCCGGCGAGGGAGACGGUUGUACAGCGGGCUGUUCUUGCGGAUGAAAUUUAUGAGGGUAGGGCUUUGACGGGGUUGGGCAUUGAGGAGGUUGAGACUGAGGCUGAGGCUGGAAGGGACGAGUAUAAAGAGGUUAAAGUAUAG